AUGUAUACCGCUGCUUUCCCAUCUCGCACAGUUGUCACCCUCCCUUCUCUCCCCCCAAUGAUCACCCUCCUUCUCCGCCCUGCUUCCCCCCUCCCUAUGCUUUGCUUCCCCCCUCCCUCCGCCCUGCUUCCCCCCUCCCUAUGCGCUACUUCCCCCCUCCCUCCGCCCUGCUUCCCCCCUCCCUCCGCCCUGCUUCCCCCCUCCCUAUGCCCUGCUUCCCCCCUCCCUCCGCCCUGCGUCCCCCCUCCCUAUGCUCUGCUUCCCCCCUCCCUCCGCCCUGCUUCCCCCCUCCCUAUGCCCCUCUUCCCCCCUCCCUCCGCCCUGAUUCCCCCCUCCCUCCGCCCUGCUUCCCCCUCCCUCCGCCCUGCUUCCCCCCUCCCUCCGCCCUGCUUCCCCCACCCUCAGAGAGACCUAUUUGGAUCCCGUUCAUAUUCACAAGGAGUAGGGCGAGCGCACGGGCAACAACGAGACAACGCAGCAGUUGCGAUCACAGCCGCUGGCAACAUCUGCUCCCUCUCUUCGUCUCCCCCUCUCGCCAUCUCCACCUCUCUCCCUCUCUACCUCGCUCCCUAUCCCCCUCUCUCCAUCUCUCCCUCUCUCCCUCUUUCGUACUCUGGUGGGUAG